GUCUAUGGUGUGACUCAGAGUUCAGACAAACUAAUCUACUAGUUAAUCUAUGGUCUGAUAAUUCAAAAAAUGUAUUGACACUAAUUAAUUUGUAUUAUUGUUGUUUUAUCUAAAUUAUUGUGAUUUACUGGAAUGUUAGAGUAGAAAUAUUUAUCACGAAAUAUUUUAAUUUACUUUGAAAAAAGGACAGGAAUAAUAUUGAAAUUACAAAUCAAUAGAUGAAUCACAAGGUUAGGGCUUGAUAAUCGUUAGAAGAUUAUAUAUAUAUAUAUAUAUAUAUCCUGAAAUUAUUUCAAUUUGAUCAAUCAUUGAAGAAUUGAUUGAAACGAAAUUUCAAUUCACUUUUGAAAAUGAUGGAAGGAGACAAUGAUUUUAAUUCCAAUGAGGUGGUUGUUGUGGGAUCUUGUAUGAUAGAUUUUGUCGGAUAUGCUCCAAGACUUCCGGACCCUGGGGAAACUAUUCAUGGCACAGAAUUUGUCACGAAUUUUGGUGGAAAAGGUGCAAACCAAUGUGUUGCUGCUGCAAAGUUAGGUGUUUCUACAACACUAAUUGCAAGAGUUGGAAAUGACUCAUGGGGAGACAAAUACAUAUCUAAUCUAAUGAAAAAUGAGGUGGAUACAAGUUAUGUCUUUAAAACAGAAGGUGAAUCAACAGGUAUCGCACAAAUUUGUGUUGCUGAGAGUGGGGAAAAUCAAAUCGUUAUAAUUGCUGGUGCAAAUAAAAGACUGAGUGUUGAAGAUGUUGAAGAGGCUUCUGAAACAAUUAAAUCUUCUAAGUUGUUAAUUUUACAACUAGAAACUUCAGUAGAUGUUGCUGUAAAAGCUAUGAGGUUGUGCAAAGGUGUUUCUAUUUUGAAUGGGGCACCUUAUACUGCAAAUUAUGACCCUUCCCUUUUUGAACUACCUACAAUUUUUUGUGUAAAUGAACAUGAAGCUUCCCAGUUCACAAAGUUACCUGUAACAAACAAAAUGGAAGCAGAAAUAGCCGCUUCUAGAUUGAUUUCUCUUGGUUGUAAAGGAGUUUUAAUAACUUUAGGAGCCGAAGGUGCCGUAUUUGCAGAAAAACAAACUGGAAAUGUUUUUUACGUUGAAUCACCAGCAGUAGAGUGUGUCGAUUCAACAGGUGCAGGGGAUGCAUUCAUUGGAGCCUUAGCCUAUCUUCUUGUGAGAAGGAAUGAACUACCCAUGGAAGAGAUGGUGGAAAAAGCAUGCAUGGUGGCAGCAGAUUCAGUAACAAGAAAGGGUACUCAACCAAGCUUCCCAGAUGAACAAAUAUUGGAAAAAUUAGUUACCAUACACUCCUAAAGAAUAUGCUAUUUUGUGGAAAAACAUCAGAAUGUUUUGUUUCAAGAUAAAUGUCCAAGUAGCAACAAGCAAGUGUUAUUUGGGCAGCCAAUAUCCACUCAGCUGCUGAAUAAGUUACUGACC